AAUUCACAAAUCUCUCAAACAAAUCUCAAUCUUUUAAUUCAUUAUAAGGAAAAAAAAAAAAAAAAAAAAUGAAGGUUGAGGCCUUUGACAGAGAAACAGUAAAACCUUCUUCUCCAACCCCUCACCAUCUUUCAACUUUGAAGCUCUCUCUUAUAGAUCAGUAUGCUCCAUCUGCCAUGUACACCCCACUACUUCUCUUCUAUCCCAACACCAUUAACAUUGCCAAUAGCUUCUCAGACAACCACCAAGCCACCAUUGCUGCAGCUCAAAAAUCCAAACGUCUGAAAAAAACUUUGUCACAAACCCUAACGCAUUUCUACCCUUUAGCAGGAAGAGUGAGAAGCAACCUUUAUAUCGAUUGCAACGAUGAAGGAGCUGAAUAUGUUGGAGCCAGAACCAAAUGUCCAAUGUCAAUGGUUCUGAAGAACCCAGAUUCCGAGAUGCUAAGAGAGUUCCUCCCCCUUGAUACUGAAAGUGAAGAAGCAGGGACAGGUCCUCUGGUGCUUGUCCAGGUCACGUUCUUCGAAUGCGGUGGGAUGGCGAUAGGGCUGUGCAUCUCACACAAGGUCGGUGAUGCAUCCACAUUAGCCACGUUCAUGAAGGGCUGGGCUGCAAUGGCGGCGGCGGAUCUUGGUUCCGGUACUACUCUGCUUCCUGAAUUUGGUGCUGCAUCUCUUUUCCCACCCAUGGAACAGUACUGCUGUUCGGGGGAUUCGAACUUGGAACCUUCUUCUUUAGAUUUGGUUAAGAAAAAGUGUUCGACGAAGAGGUUCGUUUUCGAUUCGUCGAAGAUCGAAGCUCUUAGGAGUAAAGCAACAAGUGAGAAUGUGGAAAAACCAACAAGAGUUGAAGCGAUUUCCGCACUCAUUUGGAAAGUUGCAAUCCAAACAUCAAGAAAGAUGAAUUCUAUGAGGCCUUCUGUGCUUUGCCAAUGCAUCAAUUUGCGUAAACAAAUGGUUCCUCCCUUGUCCGAGAAUUUUCUCGGGAAUCUAACGGAUUACUUUGCUGUGAAGACAGAAGGAAGUGAAAUAGAUUUGAAAGGCUUGGUUGCUAUGUUGAGGAAAGGAAUGGAAGGGUUUAAAGAAGAUCAUGGAAAAGGAAAAUUUGAUUGGGAAAGGAGAAAGGAAAAACUAGAAGUGUUUGGAAAACUUCCUAAAGAUGAUGGAAUAGACAACUAUAAUUUCAGUAGUUGGUGUAGGUUUCCAUUUUACGAGGCUGAUUUUGGAUGGGGAAAGCCAAUAUGGGUUAGCAUUGCUGGUAUGGUUUUCAAGAAUAUUAUCUUUUUGUUGGAUACAAAAGAUGGAGAUGGAAUUGAAGCUUGGUUCAUUUUUGAAGAAAAUUAUAUGGCCUUAUUUGAAAGCAAUAAGGAGUUGCUUGCUUUUGCUAGUUUGAAUCCAAGUGUCAUCUAGUUAGUCUUAAUUAAAUUUGAAGUACCAAAUAUAUAUAAAUUAUCUGUCAAAUUCCAUCACACAGUUUAUAUUGGAUUCUAUGUGGCUUGUGGUAAUUGGCUGCUAAAAAACUCAAUGUAAACUAUCCAAUAGAACGCAUUAAAUAAUUUUAAUAUAUAUAUAUAUAUAUAUAUAUAUAUUGCUGAGAGAGGAUGUUUUAUCACAAAUAUAUAGUAUCCAGCUGCUGUUUUAGUGUGAAACAAUUAUGGGCUUUGGAAUUUCCCAAAAAUUGAUAAAGUUGUUGUAAUUGUUGCUUUUGUACUCUGAGAGAGUUUAUCUUUAUCGAUUUUUUUUUUCCCCUUUUCUUAUUUGAAUGUUUAUCAGUAUUUCAUGCAUGUAUUUAGAUUAUUAGUUGGUAAAUUUGAUUAAAGUU